AUGCCGCACCAGUUCGGCGGGGCGGGCGCGGGCGCGGGUGCGCUGGCGGGCGGCGCCUCGCCGCCUGCGCAGCACGCGGCGCUAUUCCCGCGAUAUGGCGGCGCAGCAGGUCCUGGCGCCGGUGCCUACCGUCCAGAAGAACGUCGUCUUACUCGUGAAGCCAUGGAACGCUAUCUCCGCGACCGUUCCGACAUGGUCGUAGUUAUCCUACACGCGAAGGUAGCUCAGAAAUCUUAUGGAAACGAGAAAAGGUUCUUCUGUCCGCCACCAUGUAUCUAUCUGUUUGGAGAUGGUUGGCGACUGCGGCGUGAGCGCAUGCUUCGAGAGGGAGAGACUGAGCAGGCAGCACAGCUGUGUGCAUUUAUUGGCAUUGGUAACUCUGACCAGGACAUGCAGCAGCUGGACCUCAACAAUGGCAAACAGUACUGUGCUGCCAAGACCCUGUACAUAUCUGAUUCUGAUAAGAGAAAGCAUUUUAUGCUGUCGGUGAAGAUGUUUUAUGGUAAUGGGCAUGACAUCGGUAUUUUUAAUAGCAAGAGGAUAAAAGUAAUAUCAAAACCGUCAAAAAAGAAACAAUCCCUAAAGAAUGCAGACUUGUGCAUUGCAAGUGGAACAAAGGUAGCUCUGUUUAAUAGGUUGAGGUCACAAACAGUAUCAACGAGGUAUCUGCAUGUGGAGAAUGGUAACUUCCAUGCAUCCUCCACACAGUGGGGAGCAUUCACAAUACACCUGCUGGAUGACAAUGAGAGUGAGUCUGAAGAGUUUGCUGUGAGAGAUGGAUAUGUUCACUAUGGAUCUACUGUGAAGCUAGUAUGCUCUGUAACAGGCAUGGCAUUACCCAGAUUAAUAAUUAGAAAGGUGGAUAAGCAAAUGGCCUUAUUAGAAGCAGAUGACCCAGUAUCCCAACUGCAUAAAUGUGCAUUUUAUAUGAAGGACACGGAACGCAUGUAUUUGUGUCUGUCACAAGAGAGAAUAAUACAAUUUCAAGCCACACCAUGCCCUAAGGAACCUAAUAAGGAGAUGAUCAAUGAUGGAGCUUGUUGGACCAUAAUAUCCACUGAUAAAGCUGAAUAUCAAUUUUAUGAGGGCAUGGGACCUGUAAGGUCUCCCGUAACUCCAGUGCCGCUAGUCCACUCACUAAACCUCAAUGGUGGCGGUGACGUAGCAAUGUUGGAGUUGGCUGGUGAUAACUUCACGCCAUCUUUACAAGUGUGGUUCGGUGACGUCGAGGCGGAGACUAUGUACCGCUGUGCUGAGUCCAUGCUCUGUGUCGUACCUGACAUCUCACAGUUCCGAGGACAAUGGCUCUGGGUCCGACAGCCGACGCAGGUGCCGGUGUCGCUGGUGAGGAACGACGGCAUAAUAUACGCGACGGGUCUGACGUUCACGUACACGCCGGAGCCGGGCCCGCGGCCCGUGUGCGCGCCGGUGGACGACGUGAUGCGGCCGGACGCGGCGCCGGCCUGGCACCACGAGCACGGCGCGCACCGCCUGCCCGACAACACGCUGCAAUAG